AUGAGAAGUAAUCGAACUGGCAUAUUAGUAUUCAUCACGUUUGCUAUAUGUUCAUUAUCACAUUACAGAAGUUACAAAACGUUCAGCAGGCUUUCCAUAGAUAAUUCCAAAGUUCUUACCUUAUUCCAGUAUUUCAAUGAUCAUUACUCGUUCAUCUAUAAGAACACGUCUGUAGUUCUCGGUGCUGACGACAAUCCAAUCUAUCUCUUUCCUCUGCCUAUAACAGUAUUAUUUUGGAGAAGAUUGGGCAUCAAAUCCAUUGUUUGUUUUUCAAAUUCAACAAACAACUUCAAAGAUGAGUCUUCUCAACUAGUUCUUCGGGCUCUUCGAAUACUACAGGCUCAGCUUAUAUUCCUCAACACAUCCUUAGCACCAAGCCAUACGAUAGCACAAACAUGUCGUUUGUACGUUGCAUCAUCUCCUGAAGUCUCAAUGCCUGACUCACACCUAUUGAUAACUUCUGAUUCGGACUUAUGGAGUUUUAAAUUAGAAAACCAUGUACCUAUUGAUAAACAAAAAAUAUUCUUGUACAACUCAGAGUGUUGCGGAAUGACAAGUAAGCCAAGUAACAAUGAAUCACAGUUCCCCAUGAGACCAAUGGCUACAAUUGCCAUGUCCGCACGUCUUUGGAGAGAAUUGAUGGGUCUUAUAUGGAAAUGUGAGAGAAAGCAAUAUACAUUUGAUCAUUUAAGAAGUAGAGAAGGAUUGGCUGAAAGACGGCGAUGUCCUCUCCCAGCGAUUGUAUGA